AUGCUGAGCCCAGAAGACGCUCCGGAGAGCAUCCAGCUGGAGCCGCUGAGCAGCGCGCACCUGCCGGGGAGGGCCACGCCGACCCGGGUCCUCACCGAGAGCCCCCCCACAGUGUCAGCCAACGGGCUGUGCGACAUAGAGGACCGGAUUCUGAGGAUCACAGGCUACUACGGCUACAACCCCGGAUACUCAAGUCACAGAAGAGAGGAUGGUUCAGAGUCUCGUGCAGAGACGCCAGGCAGUGAGACCAGCAGCGAGAGUCAAUCCUUACAGACUUGCACCAACAUGGCUCUAAAGGUGCUGGGUGGUCUUCUGAUGGUGCUGUGCAUUUCCUCCUCCUGGGUGGGUACCACUCAGGCGGUGAAGCUGACCUUCCAGUCAUUUUCCUGUCCCUUCUUCAUCUCCUGGUUCAGCAGUAACUGGAACAUCCUCUUCUUCCCCAUCUACUACUCAACGCAUGUUUUUACCACACGGGAGAAGCAGACCCCCAUACAGAAAUUCAGGGAGUGCAGCAAACUCUUUGGGGAGGACGGGAUGACUCUCAAGCUUUUCGUAAAAAGGACAGCACCCUUCUCAAUCCUGUGGACACUGACCAACUACCUGUAUCUCUUAGCCUUGAAGAAACUGACCGCCACUGAUGUCUCUGCCCUCUACUGCUGCCACAAAGCCUUUGUCUUUCUCCUGUCGUGGAUCGUCCUCAAAGAUCGCUUCAUGGGUGUUCGGAUCGUUGCAGCCAUCAUGGCCAUCACAGGUAUCGUCAUGAUGGCCUACGCUGAUGGUUUCCAUGGUGAUUCUUUUGUGGGUGUGGCACUGGCUGUGGGCUCCGCCUCUACUUCAGCUCUUUACAAGGUGCUGUUCAAGAUGUUCCUUGGCAGCGCCAACCUGGGAGAAGUAGCUCAUUUUCUGUCCACAAUGGGCUUCUUCAACCUUGUCUUCAUCUCCUGUGUGCCCCUCAUCCUCAACUUCACCAAAGUAGAGCACCUGGGGCCCCUGUCGUCAAUGCCCUGGGGCUAUCUGUGCGGACUGGCAGGACUGUGGCUGGUGUUUAACAUCCUGGUCCAUGUGGGAGUGGUGCUGACUUACCCCAUCCUCAUUUCUAUAGGGACACUGCUCAGUGUGCCAGGGAAUGCAGCCGUGGAUGUGCUGAAACACGAGGUGAUCUUCAGCGUGGUGCGGCUGGCGGCCACUUGCAUCAUCUGCCUGGGGUUCCUGCUCCUGCUGCUGCCGGAGGAGUGGGACUCGGUCACGCUGCAGUUCCUCGCCAACAUUGCGGACAAGAAGCCAGAGGAGCAUGGAGAAGAACUGACCGAGUCCAGCGGCAACACCCGAAGCCGCAGUCGAGCAAAUGGCACUGCCUCCAUUCCCUUAGGGUGACACGACCGACUCCUUCCAUA